AUGGAGCGGGGACGGGAUUUUCGGAGCAUCAUAAACUCAGUGCCCUUUACUUUCUUGGUCGGUCCAAGCCAUACAAAACUCACCAUCCAGUCGGGUCUCGCCCACCAUGUCUCCAGACCUCUGGAUCACCUCAUCAACAGCGGCCAGACCCGAGAAUCCAAGCACCAGAUUGCCAUAUUAGAAGAUGAAGAUGUUGAGACCUUUGUCGCAUUCUGCGAAUAUGCGUACACAGGCGACUACGCGGUGCCACCGCCUGGAUCUCGAGAAGACGACGUAGAGCAGGACUCCAUCAAUCAUGCGCUCAAUGGCGUGUACCCUGACACUGGCCGCACAUCGCCAGCAGCAGGCUUGGGGAAGUCACCACGAAGACCAACAGAAGCUCCAAGCGAGGCAGCUGCGGAAGCCUCCAAUGGUAACGAUGACAGAGGUAAAGAUGUGAACAGAGAUGAAGAGCAGCACAGACCCUCAAGCCGGCAGUCAAGUCACAGAGACAAACAAGCUCGGUACAGUUCGACAAAAUCUGAGUAUAUGACCCAGGAGCAAACUGUUACACCUCGAGAUUCGGAUCAAUCGCCCACCCCUUCUGCGGAUUUCUCUCCGACCCGAGGAAGAAGACGCCGGAGAGGAAAGACUGAUGAACAGGGGUUCAUCCAAGACGCAACCUCCAAGCUCACUCCUCCUUGUACACCCCCUGGCGCUGCACGAGUCAAGGAUGAAACCAAUUCGGCUGAAGAACCUGGCGAAACCCCCCACGCAAUGACCGGGGCCGACCAAUCUGUCCCACAAUCGAUGAAGCAUCCCGCACCAACUUCCGGCAACGUCGCUGAUAGAAGUGGAUAUGAGGGGAAUAUGCAUCAACAAGAGCAGAGUACAGCUAGAAGCCGAGCGCGGCCGGUCAUAGAUACGUCGUUCGCCAAUCAGCAGUUCUCUCCUCGGCACGAGAAGGGAACAGGCCUGUGGGAUGAGUUCACUGGUAUCGACGACAUCGACUUUCGCUUCUCAACUUCCAGAGCAAGGUCCUCAAACCCACUUCCUGGGGUUACAUUGCCCUAUCUGAUCUUCCAUGCCAAGUUAUAUGUCUUUGCCACACGCUACCUGAUCCCGGGCCUCGCGCAUCUCUGUCUGCAAAAACUCCACUACGACCUUCUGAACCUGGCAUUCCCAGACCCAGACCCCGACAAUCAGUUCGAGGAGCAGCUUGUUCUGACCACAACCAAGGCCAGGAUGAUCGUCAAUCUCCUCAACUACACCUACACGAAAACAACCCGCCUGGAGCCGAUAACACCUUCGUCGGCAACUCAGCUUCGAGAUAAUGAGCUUCGGAGACUCGUGGUGCAUUAUGCUGCAUGUAAGGUGCGAGACCUAGCGGUGUAUUGUCCUCCAAUCGAACCUAUUGCGGGAUCCCAGUUCUAUGCGGAGCAACCAUCUGCACGCGGAUUUCGCGCGCUCUUGGAUACUCUUCCGGAGCUUGCUUCAGAUCUGAUAUACCGCAUGAUACAGUGA